GCGGCCAGGCUCUCUGAGGAGGCUGCCGCAGUGGUGAGUGGUGUGUGGAGGAGCGGCGAGGGUGACUGAGGAAUGGAGAGGCCCCCGUGGCCUGAGUGUGCUGACGGUGGGAGUGAAUGAGUGGGCCGGUGGGACCCGUGAGGGGAACGCGACGCCGGGUUGGCGCGGGCAGAGAGGCGCGCCCGCGGUGCGUGGAGAGAGGCGCGCGAAGCAACCGUGACAAGUGGUGCCCGACCAGGGACCUGAACCAAGAAAGGUCUGCCGGAGCAGAGAAAGUGAAACUGAUCAGACGAACUACGAACCCCUGGACUGGAGAGUCUGCCGGCGGAGAAUAUAAGGCGAUGGACAAACCGUGUGGGUGCCCUCCAGGUGUGUGUGACCACGGAACGGGAGACCGGAGGGAUCCAUGGUAUUCAACCAUGGGCCUGUUACCUCCAGUACGAGCCAUGAGCCAGCGGAAUCUGAAUGCGAAGACAGAACAAGGGCCGACUGGAGUCACAAUGACAUCCAACCCCAUAACAUGGGGACAGAUCAAGAAAACCACACAGGAAGCUGAGAAACUGCUGGAGCGCCAGGGUCAGGCAAAAACCCCUGACUCCAUGUUCUUGGCCAUGCUAGCUGUAGUGUCCUGUGCGUCUAUAGGAUCGGGUGAACCACCAACCAGCAAUUGAAAGCUGCACAGCCUGAAAUUACCUUUAUUCAAUUAAUGCAAAAACAAAAAGGGGGAGAUGUUGGAGGCGGAAGGAAUGAGGGUCGUGACCAACUUUAUACCACUGGAGGCUCUAUGAGCAAACAGCAAACUGUUCUCAUGAAAGCAGGAUGUUGGCAAACUGACAAACUGUGUUUGCCUCCAGAAGGAAUGCUGGGGGCAGUCAUGUCCCAGGUCCCGUGCUCCUUGAGGUUAUCUACAGGAACACCUAGAACUUGUUGAACAAAGAAAGGAAUCAUGUGGGCCUGUGUUAAAUAGCUGACCGACAGUUAUCCCUUCCUCCCUAUUCAUUCUACCUAAUAAAUACGAAGGGCUGUAAAAGCUCAGGGCCCUUGUUCCCUAGAAUCAAGGAGUCCCCUGACCCCUUCUUUCAAACAGA